CAGCUCCGUAAUCGUAUCGCCAGCGUUAAAUUUUGUAAGGAAGGAGCCAGUUUGUACUUACGUCUGAUAGGGGCGCUGCUUAGUUUUCAUAGAAAUUUAACGAUGCCAUACGAUAACGGAGCUGUCAAAUUUUAAAAUUCGUGCUUGGGCCUCGGUGUAGCUGCAGGCUGAGUGAGUGAAGCAACCACCAUCUAUGACUGUGAGUCUUGUGUUGUGCUGUCCUGUGGUUCCGUUCCAGUUAGAAAAUAAACAUUGUGGGGUUUGGGCAGUGCGGUGGGUCAAAUGUUGAUUUAUAUAAUAAUAUGUUGAUAUUUAAGUGUGGUCUUGUUAUUUUAUCUUCAACAUUUAUAGUGUCUCUUUGCUUUCAAGUUGCACAAGAGACAAAUUCCUUAGAUACUGGCCUUGCUUUUUUGUACUUGGCCAGCGGAGUAAUAGCUGGCAAAAUCAUCUAUGACAGAUACCAGCACAUUCAUGUUUUAGGCUCACUAACACCGAAUCCGAAUGUGACUUCUUUUGCGAAUAAGAUUGCUUCAUUCUCGGCAUCAUUUUUGUCAGCGGGCUUCCUGAUUUAUUUCUUUUUGUUUCUAUUUAAGGUGGGUAAUAACAGUCUAAUAGCAUUGAACAUUUUCAUAUGCGGUUUUGCGACCUUAUACAUUUGGAUGCAAUGCAUUAUAACGACAUACAUAGCCACUUUAUAUUAUGACAAAUACCUAUCAAUAUUAAGGCAAUGCCUUGCCAAUUUGAGCUUCCUUCUUUUGAUCGUGAUGGCGGUAUUCGGUACCAUCACAUCAUUUCUACCAAGAGACGGCACCAGCGGUGUAUACCUGUGUCUUCUCAUCACUUCCAUGUGUAGUUAUAUGCUGGCCGCUAUAUUCUGCGUGUUCAUAUUGUCCUACGAGAAGGAAUAUGUUUAUUUUUCUGAGGGACUGCGAUCAGACAUGCUUCUUGACGAUGAUUGUUCAUUAGACGAUGAAUCAUUGGCAGACGUCGACAGUCUUUAUGGGACCCAAGAGUUUACCACCAAUCCGAUCGUAAUAAAGAGUAACAUCACAUCAGGAAAGGUUUCCUGACCCGGGGCCGUGCCCCCACCGGGCACGCCACAAAAGCAUGCUGCCAACAAAACCACUCCCAACUCACCUUUCUACGGUAGUUUUGGCAGUACAAAUUUAAAAAUAGCGAACAAUGUCGAAUCAAAAAUGGAACAAGAAGUGGAUAACGACAGUGGUAUGUCCUCAGAAGAGAACGAUGACUCUCUUAAACUAAUUCUAAGUGCAUCUAAACACGUAAGUAAUCUAAGUUCAAAUUUAAACGCUAAACUUGAAGUAAUAAAGUGCCUAUCUAGUGAUCCUCUCCGUGCUGAGCACUGGAAUGAGAUUCCUUGUUGUUCAAACAAUGUUACUAAUGUAAGUGUUAUUCACGAGGUUGUCAAUAAGGCCGGGCUUAACCUGGAUAAUGAUAGAGGUGAUAACAAAGUUUCAGACUUUAUUGUGAUAGAUCUGACAUGUGAUGUCAAUAAUGUUUGUGAGGGUAAAAUUGAAGAGACAGCGGGUAUAAAUAAUAAGGUCGAAAAUAAUCUUCCCAGUAUACAUAAUAACGUAGGUACUAGCCAAAGUUUAGUUCCUGUGAACAACGAAAUUGUGAGCUCCGAGAGCCAGAAAUUAGUUAGUUUAUCACUGUCGAUACUCCUCGCUGCGUUGUUGCAGGCGAUGAGAUGUUUCGCACAGUUCUUAGAGGACAUUGUAGUUCCGCAACGGUAUUAAAUAUUGUGUUCCUUUAUAUUUUUUGGUGCAGUAUUCACCUACUUACUUUAAGAAUUGUCUAUUACAAAAAUGUCAAUAAUAUAUUUCAAUAUCAUAUUGUAAGAA